AUGACAACAGCCGAGCUACUAUAUUCACAUGUACAAUAUUGUGAAGCUGUGAUAUGUUUUGUUACGUUACUGUUGAGCAUCUACUUUUCGUACAAAAUUGGAAAAGUUGCCACUAUCAGCAAGAACCUCAGGAUUGUUAUUGUAGGUUUUGAAACGUUUAAGGGUUUCAUGAACCCUAGUUCAGAGCCUUAGCCCAAAGCCGUAGCCAAGAGCGCAAGCUUAGAGCUCUAGCAUAGAGCCUUAGCCAAGAGAAUUAGCCUCAAAGCCCUAGCGUUAGUCCUGAGCUAGAGCCUUAGUCCAGAGCCCAAGCCCAGAGCAGUAGUCCAGGGCCCUAGACCGGAUCCCUCGCCUAGAGCUCUAGCCCAUAGCCGUAGCUCAGAGCCCUAGCCUAGAGCCCUAGUCCAGAGCCCUAGAGCAGAGCCCUAGCCCAGUGCCCUAGCCCAGAGCUCUAACGAGCUCCAGCAUAGAGCCUUAGCCAAGAGCCGUAGCCCCAAAAACCUAGCUUUAGCCCUGGCCCAGAGCUUUAGUCCAAAGCCUUAGCAGAUAACUAACUCAGAGCUCUGCCCUGUCUUUUGCUCUAGUUCUAGCCCUUACUCUAGCUUUUGUCCUAGUCCAUGCCCUACCCUAGAGCCCGCAGCCUUAGCCUUAACCCAGACCUAGAUCUAAACCUAACAGUAGCCAUUUAUUUCAAUACUAUGAUGAUUUUCAGAUAGUAAACACCAUAAUGUGUUUAGUGGUGAACUUUCAAAGCUCAGUGUUUCAUUUUGUGCCUAAAGAGUUGUAUAGUGUUGAAGCUGGGAAUUAUGUUGGUGCUAGUUUAUCCUACAGCUUUAUGCUUAUAUCACAUUACUUUUUGUUUUUACUAGAGUUUAAAUACUUUCAAAUCGCCAUAGAAAGGUUGAUUGCUUAUCGAGAGAAAGGGAAAUAUGAAAGUCAAGGAACGGCCGCUGCUUUCUGUAUUUUCACUUAUUCUGUAAGUUUUUGGGGUUGUACCAUAUUAAGCUUUUUUAGGUAAUAAAAAAAGCAUUUUUAACUUUAAUCGCCCCAAAAAUGACUAAAUGUUGUUAGAUUUUAGGCUAUAUUCAGUGCCAUUAUGCUAACAGCCAAAUUUAUUUAUUAUUGGACACAUUACCAUUACUUACCGUUGGAUGGCCGAUUGAUCAAGACGUUCAACUUUGGCUCAAGUCUUUGGGGAUUAUUUGUUUUGUUCAAUAUUUCAUCGCUUUUUACUCUUGCUGCUGCGUUUGUAAGUUUAAAGCAUUCGUUUUUACCCUACUCUACCCUAACAUGGCAUACCCACACUGAUUUACUUUACCCGGCUUUACUUGGCUUUACUUUGCCUUGCCUUGCCUUGCCUUGCCUUGCCUUGCCUUGCCUUGCCUUGCCUUGCCUUGCCUUGCCUUGCCUUGCCUUGCCUUGCCUUGCCUUGCCUUGCCUUGCCUUGCCUUGCCUUGCCUUGCCUUGCCUUGCCUUGCCUUGCCUUGCCUUGCCUUGCCUUGCCUUGCCUUGCCUUGCCUCGCCUUGCCUUGCCUUGCCUUGCCUUGCCCUGCUCUGCCCUGCCCUGCCCUAUUCUAUUCUACUCGAUUAGUUUAUCUUGCUUCACUAUACCGUAUUAUAUCCUACCAUACCCUACCCUAACCUGCCUUAAUCUACCUUCUCCCUACUCUCUUCUUACCCUCUCACUACUCUUUUUUUAUUUUUUAACUACCCUUCUUACUCUCUCUCUCUCCUGCACUCUCUCUACCCUACAAUAUCAUUUGUGUUCUACCCUAUCUCUUCAUUUACUUUCCUCACGCUAUCGUGUCUAAAACUACUCUACCCUAAAUUACCUUGCUUUUUAGUUGUAGUGUACUACACCAGUUUUAAAAACUAGUUUUAUAGAUCUUCUACUACAUUCACGUUCAAGUAAAAAAGGAUGAGAAUGACUGUCAUUCACUUAACGUUCGUUAUGAAAUUGAGCAAACCAAAUAUGUUCUAAAUUAUAUUGUCAGUUUGAUGUCAAUAGUGUUUGUACUACUAAUAGCAGUAGCUUCAUGUUAUGGCUGUAUAUUCUACUACUACUUUUACCUUGGUUUUGAUGAAGAUACCUAUGAGAUCAAAACGGUAGUUUCUGUAAGUUUUUGAUGAUUACUGUAGGUUUGCAAUUAGGUAUCAUUUUUUUUAAGUUUUGAAAAUGAAAAAAAAUUAAGUUUUUUAAUUAAAAAAAUAUUAAAAAUUUUUUAAAAUUAAAAUUCAAAAUUUAGAUUCAAAUAAUUAUGUUGUGCAUAUACAACUUUACUACUAUGUUAUUCAUGAUCAAAGAGUUUCCACAACUUCAAAAGGCCAUAAACAGAGAUUUGCCAGCCAGAAUGAAAAUAAAAACAGUCAACUCAAUACGGCCAGACGCGGGAGCUGAAGUCUAUUUCAAUCAGCUACAAAUCUUUUGGGAUCGAUAG